AGCGGCGCGGCCGGCGUGCAAGCGGCCCGUGUCCUCCGAUCCGGCCCGGCCCGCCCCCGCCUUGCCGGCCUCGCUGCGAGCCGGUGUGCGGCGUCCAGUCCCCGCCGCAGCGGCCGCCCGCGUCCCGGGCCCGAGCGCGCCCAAGCCGGGGGCCGGUGUGCCGGGGAGUCGACGCGUGGCCAUGGAGUGGGAGCCCCGCGCCAAGGUUGCGCUGCUGCCGGAACGGAGCGGCCGCGGGCCUUCCUCCCGCCACCGCCGCCCGGGGCUGCUGCUCCCCGGCCUCUGGUUGCUGCUGCUAGCCCGGCCGGCCUCAUGUGCCCCAGAUGAACUCUCCCUGGAACGGCACGGCCCUUCUCUCCAUCACGAGGAGUUCCUCCCCGAGACAAGCGUCAUGCACAGUGCCGCGCAUGUGGCCUUCUCGGAGACUCCAGGGCCCCAGCCACGCACCUCUGCCCUUGCCCUGCCCUCUCCAUCCGCUACUGCUUUUGAUGCAGACCUCAGACGGCAGACUCCAAGUGCGGCUGGGCACAGCAUCUUUGCGGCACAUUAUGGAUCUGUGACGAGUAACGAGGUGGCCGUCGGUGACGAGGAGAUGGAUAACUUUCUGCCAGACGCUCCCUGGACUUCUUCACGGGUGGUUUCCCAGAUGCAGCCUGUCACACAGAGCCCACCAGAGCCACCCCGGGAAACGCCGGAGCCUGGGAUGACUCCAUCGCUACCCACGACUGCUUUGCAGGAUGAAGUGCUGUCCGGAUGUCGGGACACGGCGAGACAGGCCGCGGUGCAUGGCGAGUCCUCCAGUGACUUCAGCACGUCUUGGGCAGCUUUUCUCACAUCUGAGGACAUCAUCCCAACUCCUACCAGGAGUGUGGUGCUUCAUCCUACAGAAAUUCACAGCCAGUUACCAAGCAGGGCCUUGGCAGAGAUUGCAGCUUCUGUAACCCAGAGCCCAGAAAACCUCCUGUUCAGCUCCCGGAUCUCUGUGUCUCAGCCGUCAGGCGAUGGCAUGACUCAGCAGCCACCUGUUCCCCUGUGGGAGGUCUCACGGCCUCUAAUGGGUGUCCUGGCCACGGGCACGGACGGCUACCCUAAUGGAACCACUGCUUGGAGUGAGCAUCUGAAAGAAGCCAUCUCUGUAAGAACACACUCCAGUGUAACCCUGCCACCUGCAGACCCUGUGCCUCUCAGCCCGCCUUCUGUUUUAUUUUCAGCCCCGUUUUCGCCUGGGUCUUUUGCCACCCAGCCAGCUGGCAUUUCAGACAGCCCCUUCCUCUCCAGCAAGGCCCGGGAAGCCUUGGAGUCUCCGCAUCACUCGACAACCCUCAGUUUUUCCGACCACUCCCGUGUCCUCAACCCCGAGGCGUCCCUGAGUCCACAUAUGUGGUGUGUGUCCUGUGCUGUGUCAUCACCUCAGCAAGCUCUGGCCAGGAGCCUCACAGAGAAGGAUGUGGUCUCAGGGAACGGGCUUGAGACUCUGUCUGUGGCCUCAGUAGAAGCAAGCCGUCUCUCGCCAUCAAGCAGCGUGGGCACAGGCUUCUCUGAACUUGAAGAUCUUCAAAACUUUAAUACUCUUUUCCCUUCCAGACCUGUCGUCUCCCUUUCUUCCAGAUCUGUGGGGUUAUGGAAAGUCAGCAUGGAUAUGUCUCCUGAGGUGGAUACGAGGGGCAUUACCACCCCCCUGGUGUACACUUCCCGUGGCCGCCUCUCCACGCUGAGCUCACUUGAUUCCAGUUUUGGCAUCUCUGUCACCAGUGACCUAGUGAUGCCAUCCAGGGUGACACACCUGUGGUCCUCAGUCACCCCCAGCAUCCAUUUUGACUCAUCUUUCUCUUUGACUGCAAGUCAAACCACGCCAUCCCUUCCGACCGAAAGCCCAAGCCUUCUCGCCUCUGACAGCUUGGUCUCCUCAGUAGAGUCUGAGGUCCUUGCUGACCAAGAGUGCACCAGCUUCCUGGAAGCUGAGCCUGGGAGUCUUUUGGAUCCCACGUCCAGCUUUUACUCAACUCCACUCCUGGACUUCAGCGCGCCAGCUCCUUCACGGUCAGACGCUCAUGCUUUCCCGUCUUUGCCGUCAAGCGAUCCAUCAACUUUCCUUUCUCAGCUUUCUCCCACCGUGACUGAAACAUUUUCAUUGUCCAACUCUAUCGAUUUGCAAUCACCUCAGCUUUUUGUUCUUAAUCCCACAAGUCUAGAGCUAUCUCAGCCUUGGUCAAGUUCAGACCUUCUUGUGAAGACGGUCACUGUCCUUCCUAGUUACUCUGCAGUGCCCCCCCCUCCCGAGCUCCCCCCUGGCCCCCUCAAGUUGGACGAAGCAUGGAGAGUUUCUCUGGUAGAGUCCGGUGUUCAUCUUACCUCAGCUUUCUCUGAAGCUACCUCUGUCUUUGAAUUCUCACUCAUUCCCCAUGAAACCUCAGUCAGCACACUGGUGCCCUCCAGCCCCGAGACCUCCCUUGGCGUCUCAGCCGCUGGGACUCACUUCUCAUCCCUGCCAACUGUUCUCCAUCUGACACCCAUUUUAACCGAGUCAUCUCCAUUCUUGGCUCUGACACCUUCCGAUGGCAGCGUGAGUGUGACACACCGUCCCACUCCUGUCUCGCUCAUGUCCUCCAGCGCCAUUCUGACCAGCACAGGGUCAAUCUCUGACUUAUACCUCUCAGCCUCCCCAACACUUGCUUCUGAAGUAAGCCCUUCACCUGUGCCCACGAGGCCAGUCAUGGGCUCAUCACUGACACCCACAGAUUUUCCACCCAGUACCUCCCCAGAACCAAGCACCUCCCCGGGACCAAGCAUGCCCGACAUCAGCACUGCCCCUGGUGAUACCGUGGACUCUGCUCCGAACAGCGAGCCUAUGAGUCAGAACCCUCAGGGGAACAGUGUGCCCCCUCCCCAGCCCUCCCUCCGUCCCGUGACCUCCUCCACGCUCGAAGCCACAGUUGGUACGCCAGCACUGGCCACAGCCAAGCCGCCAUAUGUGUGUGACAUUACAGUUCCCGAUGACUAUUUGAUCACAACUGUGCUGGCCAGGCGAGCUGUGCAGGAGUACAUCAUGACAUCAAUCAAAGAAGUGCUGAGGGCUCACUUCAACCGUGCCGUGGAGCUGAAGGUUUAUGAACUGUUCACAGACUUCACUUUUCUGGUAACAUCUGGCCCUUUUAUUUACACGGCAAUAUCAGUCAUUAAUGUCCUCAUCAAUAGCAAACUUGUGCGCGACCAAACUCCUCUCAUCUUGUCUGUGAAGCCAUCGUUCCUCGUGCCCGAGCCCAGGUUCCAAGUUCAAACAGUACUUCAGUUUGUGCCUCCAAGUGUGGAUACUGGCUUUUGCAACUUCACCCAGAGCAUCGAGAAAGGCCUGAUGACCGCUCUCUUCGAAGUGAGGAAGCACCAGGGGGCGUAUAACCUCACAGUACAGAUUGUGAAUGUCACCGUUGGUUCUUCGAGGGCGACUCCUCGGAGGGGCCCGGUGAAUAUUAUCUUUGCUGUUAAAAGCACACACGGCUUUCUGAAUGGGUCCGAGGUGAGCGAUCUACUCCGGAACCUGACGGUGGUGGAGUUCAGCUUUUACUUGGGGUACCCGGUGCUGCAGAUCGCAGAGCCCUUCCAGUACCCACAGCUCAACCUAUCCCAGUUACUGAAGUCCUCUUGGGUCAGAACAGUCCUCCUGGGCGUAGUGGAGAAGCAGCUCCAUAAUGAUGUGUUUCCAGCAGAGAUGGAGCGCAAACUGGCCCAGCUGCUCAGUGAGGUACCCGCCAGGAGAAGAAUGUGGCGGAGGGCCACGGUGGCCGCCGGGAACAGCAUGGUGCAGGUGGUGAACGUGUCCAGGCUGGAGGGAGCUGACAAUCCGGUGCAGCUCAUCUACUUUGUGGAGAAUCAAGAUGGAGAGAGACUCAGUGCAGCCCAGUCUUCAGAUCUGAUCAACAAGGUAGACCUCCAGAGAGCGGCCAUCAUCUUGGGGUACCGGAUUCAAGGUGCCAUUGCCCAGCCUGUGGACAGAGUGAAGCGGCCGUCCCCGGAGUCACAGAGCAGCAACCUAUGGGUCGUGGUUGGCGUGGUCAUCCCCGUGCUAGUGGUCACCGUGAUCGUCGUCAUCCUCUACUGGAAGCUGUGCCGCACAGACAAGCUCGAUUUCCAGCCUGACACCGUGGCCAACAUACAGCAGCGGCAGAAGCUGCAGAUCCCCAGUGUUAAGGGCUUCGAUUUUGCUAAGCAGCAUCUGGGCCAGCACAAUAAAGAUGACAUACUGAUUAUCCACGAGCCAGCGCCGCCACCGGGUCCCGUGAAGGACCACACCACACCCUCUGAAAACGGAGAUGUGCCGAGCCCAAAGUCAAAGGUCGCUUCUAAGAACAUCCGCCACAGAGGAAGAGUUUCUCCCUCAGAUGCGGACUCCACAGUCAGCGAGGAGUCGAGCGAGAGGGACGCGGGAGACAAGGCGCCGGCUGCUGCCCCCGAGACCAAGGCCCACAGAGCUCCGCAGAGCGGUGCCCCCCAGCCCAGUUCAGGCAACGAGCAGCAUUCCUCGGCCUCCAUCUUUGAGCACGUUGACAGGAUUUCCCGAACCUCAGAGGCCAGCCGGAGGGUCCCCAGUAAGAUCCAGCUUAUUGCCAUGCAGCCGAUCCCAGCAGCCCCCGUGCAGCACCCCGCCCUGACCGACCGAGUGGCAGAGACCAACAAAAUCAACAAGGAGAUCCAGUCGGCGCUGCGCCACAAGUCGGAGAUCGAGCAUCACCGCAACAAGAUCCGCCUGCGUGCCAAACGCCGAGGCCACUACGAGUUCCCCGUGGUGGACGACCUGUCUUCCGGUGACACCAAGGAGCGGCACCGAGUGUACCGCAGGGCGCAGAUGCAGAUUGACAAGAUCCUGGACCCCGCGGCCAGUGUGCCCUCUGUGUUCAUAGAGCCCAGGAAGAGCUCACGGGUAAAACGUUCUCCUAAGCCACGCCGGAAGCAUCAGGUCAACGGCUGUCCCGCUGAUGCUGAGAAGGACAGACUCAUCACUACAGACAGUGACGGCACGUACAAGCGCCCCCCGGGUGUGCACAACUCUGCGUACAUUGGAUGCCCGUCUGACCCUGACCUCCCGGCCGAUGUGCAGACACCGCCGUCCUCUGCCGAGCUGAGCAGGUAUCCCGGCUUGCCCUUCUCCGCCUCUCAGUACUUCCCGCCCCAGCAGUCCAUCGAGGAGGCACGCCAGACCAUGCACUCCCUCCUGGAUGACGCCUUCGCCCUCGUGGCUCCCAGCAGCCAGCCUGCCAAUGCCCUGGGAGCAGGUCCUGGGGUGCCGGCCAGCCUGCCCGUGAAUAGCACCCCUGCCAGGGAAGAAAGGCGAGCCACGCAGUGGGGGUCUUUCUACAGUCCAGCCCAGACGGCCAACAACCCUUGCAGCAGCAGAUAUGAAGACUAUGGAAUGACUCCCCCAUCAGGCCCGUUACCAAGACCUAGCUUCGGCCCGGGCUUGCUGCCGGCUUCAGAGUUGGUCCCCCCUGAGCCCUCACAGCCACAGUCAUCAGCUGAAGCUCCAUUUGCUGCCCGAGGGAUCUACUCCGAGGAGAUGCCGUCCGUGGCUCGGCCUCGGCCUGUCGGGGGCGCCACAGGCUCGCAGAUCCAGCACCUCACACAGGUGGGAAUCGCAAGCAGAAUCGGGGCCCAGCCCGUGGACAUUCCUCCUGGCAGAGGCAGCCAGUACGGGGGACCAGGCUGGCCCGUGUACGGGGAGGAGGAGGCCGGGCGGAGAGAAGCCGUGCCAAGGACUUCGGGCAGGGAGCCCUCAGCUCCUCCCGGGAACCUCACCCACCGAGGGCUGCAGGGCCCUGGGCUGGGUUACCCCACCAGCUCCACAGAGGACCUCCAGCCCGGCCACUCCUCCGCAUCCCUCAUCAAAGCGAUCCGCGAGGAGCUCCUGCGGCUCUCCCAGAAACAGGGCUCAGUGCAGAACUUCCACACCUGAUCAGCCUCCCUUGCAGGUUUGCCAAGUAUCUGCUUCCUGUGGAAGCAAGACCAAGGAAAUCAGCUGAGUGGGUGUUCGUAAGCGUCGGAAGCAACAUCCCCGGACAGGCCGCCCGGGGAAGGGAACAAGUUGCAAUUUUAGAAGAUGCCAUGAAGUCACACGGACAACUCACGGUUCUUUCACUGGGUUGGCAGUUCGGUGCCACUCGGGUUCAGUCGAGACGUGUGUACUUUGGGCCAAAAGCCAGCACCACACACACACACACACACACACACACACACACACACACACACACACACACCAAAACACAUACCUAAGUUAACAAAAGCGCUCCUCUUUCAAAGGCAAAAGAUUAAAACCUGUAGGUGGUUAGGGACGGAGGGGACAGCGUUUCUGUGGGAAGUCUGACCGUCACCUGCAACACACCCGCUGCUCCGAUUCCUGAGAGAUUUCAAGACAUUUCAGUAACAGGUCCCUCUUUUCCUCCGUAGGAACUUAUUUCAAUAGUAAUAUUAACAACAAGAUGUACCGAGACUGCUUGGUAAUCUAAAAAAGCUACCAGUGAGAAACCUAAUGACAGGUUGUGUGGAGCCUGGUGAUUCCAAACAAAGCCAUCGUCUGCGUUCCUUCUUCUUCUGGUGCUACAGCUCCCAGGGCCCUUCGCCUUUCUGUCUGUGAAACACAACUGUGGUUUUUGCCGUAGAAGAGUAUGUUGGCGGUUUCGUUGGGGCUUGGGGGGGGGAGGGAGAAAAAAGGAACUCCUGCAUUGGCGAGGGGAAGCCUAAUAUUUAUUUAGUUAUUCAAAAUACAUAUCAGAGUUUAGAUUUCCAGUCUUAGUUGUAUUUGCUGUUUAUUCUCUUGGCUGACCAGCUCUUGGUGACAAUGACAGCGUGUCUCAGUGAGGUCCAUCCUACGGAACAAGGCUCCUGGGAUGUCCUCGCUUCCAGGUCCUUGUAGUUUGCUGACGGUUUGCUCACAGAUUAAGUUUGAAUGAGGGGUCUUACAGAAGCAGACAUGACUCGUAGGACCACCCGGUUGUCAUGAAUCUAACCCAUAGUAGUUAGAUUCCCUGAGCUCCGGCCUGGGAGUGGAACCAUGUUCCUGUCAGCCUCUGUAGAGAUCAUGAAGGAAAUGAGAGCUUCCCCCAUUUCCGAUUUUGCUAUUAGUUCUUUGUCCGAAAGCUGUCUUACUCACUGUAGGCUGGAGAGAGGUCAUUUCACAUGCACUUCUGAAGUUACAUUUCUUAGCCUCUGACAUUAUACUCAAUGCCAUUCUGUACUCUGGUGCCUGAAUGAGACUCUGGAACAUUGCAGACUAUCAGGGGUGUCCAGCCAUGAGCCUCUUCAUCCGAUGAGUGAAUACUUUUGAUUGAACAACAGAUCAUGGGGUAGAGUUUGGGGGGCUCAGCCUCAUCAGCCUGUGUGUCUGGACAUGUUUUAAGAACGUGUGAACAGCUAAAACAAGUUCCUAGACUGUAGUCACUGUUUCCAGAAUUGCCUCUGCUCUUCUUAGUAGGUCUCAGGACACAAGGGCUACCUGUUCUUGGAAACUGGUGCAGCCGUUGCUUCUCUGCACACUGCAGAUGAGAAGGCAUGCAGGAGGGGGUCCCACAGCUCUUCAUCGGGUGGCCCGUAGGCAGUCUGCAGAGUGGAGGCGGAGACCCCUGUUCUGGGUUUAUUUACUGAUCUUGAUUUAAUGUAUACUCUUCCUAAGCCACUCAGAAAGCCAAGUCUCAAAUAUCCAGGCAGAAUUUUUUUAUGACACCUUGUAAGAAAUUCAAAUCAUACAGCACAGAGAAUAAAUGGCCCUUUCCUACCCUAUGUCAUGAGUGUUUGGGACACGGAGUGUCAUAAAACGAUCACCUCCUUUGUACACUGUCAAAAUAAGCCUUGGUGUCAGGAUGUGACGACAGCAGCAGUUUUGAUGCCUUUGAAAUUGUAAUAAAGGGAUUCUACCUGUAUCUUUAUUCUUGGUAGCAGAUACACCUUUAAAAAGGUGUUACAAGCCGGGCGGUGGUGGCGCUCGUCUUUAAUCCCAGCACUCGGGAGGCAGAGGCAGGCGGAUCUCUGUGAGUUCAAGGCCAGUCUGGUCUACAGAGCGAGUUCCAGGACAGCCUCCAAAACAAUACAGAGAAACCCUGUCUCGAAACCCCCCCAAAAGAAAACAGAAGGUGUUAGAACCACAGGUGGGUUGGUGUGCAGGCCCUCCCGGAGCUCCAGCGCUCAGCUCUUGGUUAUUUGAAGCACACUCAGUUUGCACUCAUUCCCCUAGACACCUGCCACAGCAGGGUUAUCACGCUGAAGCUGCUGUGGGAUAGUCCAUGCCUAUCAGGUGUCCAGUCACUCACGCGCUGUGCUCCCCUGAAGGAGGCCGUCCUGUUCGACUGUGUAACUUUGGUGUUCCACAUAUUAAAGCACCCCAAAAUGAAA